AAUAUAAAUUUAUUCAUAAUAUUCUAGUAAUGUGACAGUCUCACAUUAACAAGCCUUAACAUAACCUAUAUAUUUAACUAUUGUUAGGUGAAUAAGUACUUGAGUUCAUUGCAUUUGCUACGCCUUUAGUACGUGAAUAUUUUAUUUCUCUUUUAAUUUGAUUCAUCGAAGAAAAAGUAUUUUAUUUAUUCUUAUAAUAUAUUUAUAUUCUAAACAAAUAAAUAUAGCUACUUUAUAUAUAUAACGAAUAUGGAGGAUCAGGUAGCGCACAGUUUUAAAAAUUCAAGUAAACCUAAGCAUAUUUUACUAUUUAGUGGGAAACGAAAAUGUGGAAAAGAUUUUAUUACAGAUAUAUUACAUAAAAGAUUAGGUGAUGAUAAAAGUGUAAUUAUUAAAGUAUCGGGACCAAUUAAAACACAUUGGUCUAAAAAUUUAGGCCUUGAUUUAAAUAAAUUAUUAGAUAGUAGCGAAUAUAAGGAACAGUAUCGCUUAGAAAUGAUCAAAUGGAGUGAGUCUAUAAGAAAAAAAGAUAAUGGAUAUUUUUGUCGUGCUGCUAUUGAUAUGUAUAAUGCAUGUGACAAACCAAUUUGGAUAGUGAGUGAUACUCGUAGAAAAACUGAUAUUCACUGGUUUCAAGAAAAUUACGAAGGUCUUUGCAAAACUAUCCGUGUAAUUACUAAUCCGGAAAUAAGGGAACAACGUGGAUGGAAGUUUGCUGCAGGUAUUGAUGAUGCUGAAACAGAAUGCGAUCUGGAUGAUUUUGAUAACUGGGAUUUAAUUAUUGAAAAUAAUGGUAAUGACGUUGAAACUAUUUCAGAAAAAAUAUUAAAAUUAAUUAAUUAAUAUAUAUGUAAAAAACAUAUCUGAUAUUUAACAUAUUUGUUU